AUCGGAAGCUCAGCUGUAGUGGAGAAACGUCCCGGCACCUUGAGUUGCAUCCACUGACUUUGUGUACUGCACAAACCGAUCGACACCUGGUGAUUCGCGAGUCCAGGAGCAUCUCUUCGCGCUGUCGUACUACGGAAAACUAGAAGCGCGUAUCGCGGGAGAAAUGUCUGCUGUAAACGAAGAGGGAAAGGACCAGGUCAUUUUCGUAACCAAGGAGGAGCAUGAGACGCCCAGCACUGCAGAACUGGUCCAGGAUGAUCCGGAUGACCCAUACGAAGAGAAAGGCCUGAUCUUGCCCAGUGGGGAGAUUAACUGGAAUUGUCCAUGUUUGGGGGGGAUGGCGAGCGGCCCGUGUGGGGAACAGUUUAAGGCGGCAUUCACCUGUUUCCACUUCAGUCAGGAGGAGGUCAAAGGGUCUGACUGUCUUCAACAGUUCAGAGACAUGCAAGACUGCCUCCGUCGCUUUCCCGAACUCUACCCUCAGGAGGAGGAGCCUGAGCCCACCAAUGGUCAAGCUGAUCCAGCAGACCCCGCCCCUACUGAGGAGCCAACCCCCAAGUCUCAAAUGGACUCCGCCCCAUCCAGCGUCUCUGCUCCAGACCCCACCCCAGGAGAAGAACCUGCUGCCCCUGAAACACACACUUCUUCUACAGACAUUCCUGCUGCUAGUUAAUAUGAGACUGCAGCAAUGACAUACACACACACACGGCCUUGUUAUGGAAGUUUUUCUGAAAACACUGUUAGCAAAUGCAUGAAUCUGAAAUC